CCACGCGGGCUGAUCGAACAAGUCGUUCCUAUGAUUAUUUCUAAACAAGAUUAGCUAUUUUCAGCCUGUUUGGUGCUCGAAGAGUUAAAUCUUGUUUUUAUGUAUAUAAAACGCGCAUUCGUCGGAUAUAGAGAAAGUCUGCAUAACAGAAGAUUACGAAAUGAUCGGAAAUAUUAGGCGUACAUAUUUGAUCCUGUGACUGGUUAUGCAACGUUUUGAGCUUUGAAUAUUUCUGUACUGUGUUUUUGCAAAAAGAAGUUGAAAUAAGUUUUACUUUGUAAACACAAAUAUGGAAGAUGAAAGACCACUUAUUCCAGGAGAAAAUGAUGAAGAAUCUGACACAACAAUGGAAAAAGAGCCAGAGACUAAGGAGCAGGAGGGGUUACCAUGGUACCGAACUUUGACCCCAUACAAGCUGUACGUCCUGUUCCUGCUGCUCCUGACCUACUUACUGAAUCAGCUGGACAGGUACAUGCUGGCCAUCACCUCCAAGUCCAUGGCUCAGGAGAUUCACUUUGGGGACAGAGCCUGCAUGAAGAACACAUCUUUCUCGGACAGUGCUUUUAAAGGCAUCAAGUGUGGAGACAUUUCCACAGAAGCUGUGUGUCGAAAUACAACAAAUAACCAAACACAGCAUGUUUGUUACUAUGACUUUCACAAUAGGACAGAGACCUACUUCUGGACUUUUUACUAUUGCAGAGAGGCUGGUUGUGGCCCCUUUGCUGUGUCCAUUCUAACAGAUUACUUCACCCCAGAAACAAGAGGAUUCGCUCUGGGGAUUUAUAACUGGGGAAUCUACUUUGGAUACAGCAUGGCUUAUGCUUUUGGAAAUUUCAUUUCUUUAGCAGACAUCAAUGGUCAAGGAUGGAGAUGGACCUUUAUUCUGUCUGGUAUACCUGGUAUUGCUGUAGGAAUACUGAUGUUGCUCACUCUGAAGGAACCAGAGAGAAAAGGGGAGAAAGUGGAACUCUCUGGCUCAGCGUGUAGUCGCCUUGGAAUGACACUUAAGCAAUUCUGUAGUCCCUCCUUAAUACUCAUUUGUUUAGCUGGAUCCAUUAGAAAUUCUUCAGGAUAUGUGUUUGCCUAUAACACCCAGCCAUACUUUACUAGUAUUGGUCGGAGUCGGGAGGAAAUUGGGAAGUACCUGUCCUGGGUCCCCCUGGUUGGGGGGAGUGUCAGUGUCCUGCUGGGAGGUUUUAUCUCUGAUCGACUGGUCAGGAGGUUGGGGCUCUACUCCAGAAUCCUUGUCAUUGGGAUCAGUUUGUUAAUAGCAGCUCCAUUUGCAGCAGGAACUUUGUACUUUGAUCCUCCAGGGGCAUAUUUCUUCCAAAUACCUACAUAUAUAUUUGGUGAGAUGUGGGUGGGGAUCACAUUAGCUGUGGUGGUGGAGUUGGUCCCCGCAGAGAUCAAGACAACUGCCGUUGCUGCCUACCUCUUUAUCAUCAGUAACAUCGGAGGAAACGCUAACACACUGGUUCCCCCACUCACAAAAUACUUCGAAGAUAAGGAUUACUCCAAGUCUGAGGCUUUAAGAGCUACCCUGUAUGCUAUGUAUGCUGGACCUUUUGUGUUCUGUAUACCUGUGUAUUUCGUGUCUAUGUUUGUACUAAAGCGAGACUACAGAAAAGCCCAGGCCUCACAGUACGUGGAAAUGGACGUCAGCUGAUGACGGUGCUAGUCUAGGAUUAAUAUCUACCUGAAUAUGUGUUAUUGUGAUUUAUGAGAGAAAUGGUUGCCAAGAAAUGAUUGUAUGUGUGAAAGACUCUUUAUAUAUGCUUCAUUACAUGUGUUUACAAUAUUUUGUGAUAUUUAAUUAGGGAAUAUCUGUAUUCUUGUUUGUUAUUUGUGACUGUUAAUGCUGAUUUAACAGUGAACUCACAAACUGAGUUUUAGCUGCAAUGCAUCACCAUGGCAGAAAUCCUCCUCUAUAUAUAUUAAUGGGAUUUUUACAAAUGUUGUCCAUGACAUUUUUAAAGCACUAAAUAUAUAAAUGUAAGGGCAGAUAUCUGGGACAUCAGGGUUUGGAAUUGUCUGGGAGCAUACAUGUAUUAUUUUGUUAUAUGUAUUUAGUGAUGCACAGGUCAGAUUGCUUCAAAAGGUUGCAUUUGACAAUUAAGAGGAAUAUCAUGUAACAAGAUCACAAAAAGAAUAAAAUUACCUGGUAGUUUUCUGGGACUCUACGU